UAUGCCGAUCCAGUUGCCGAUUUAUUAGAUAAAUGGGGUGUCUUUAGAGCCCGUUUAUUCCGUGAAUCUUGUGUGUUUUAUAGAGGAAAUUAUGUGAAAGACUUAAACAAAUUGGGCCGUGCAUUACAUAAAGUCGUAAUUAUUGAUAAUUCACCUGCAUCAUACAUUUUUCAUCCAGAUAAUGCUGUUCCUGUUAAUUCAUGGUUUGAUGAUAUGACUGAUAAAGAACUGUUGCAUUUAAUUCCAUUUUUUGAAAAACUUAGCAAAAUGGAAAAUGUUUAUCCAGUUAUUUGCAACAUAAAUCAUAUGGCAAAUGCUGCUGCUGCUGCUAUAGCAGUACAAUCUCAACACAUCAGUAGCGACAAUGUUUUAUAGCAUCAAUUUCUAAGUACAAUUUAUUUGUGCCAAUGGUAAUUAUUCUAAUCUACCAUGUUAAACAAAAGUAAUAAUAAUCAUAAUGUAACAAUUGUUUUAUGUAUACAAAGAUAAAACUUAAAUAUUUACCUAAUUUU